AUGAGUGCUGCGGAUCGUCAUGAGAAUGUUUGGGCUGCUAAAUACUAUGCUAUUGCCAUUGGGUCAAUGAUGUUCUCGUUUAUCAUGGCCCAUUGGAUAGGGUUGGCCUUUAGAAGGCAUGGGCCAAGUAGUACGGGGGGUAUACUGAUGCCAUUGAAGCGGGGCUCCAGAACUCUUCGGCGAGGACUAGACACUUCUGUGUUUGGGAUAGGCAUGGAUAAAUGGAUACUAUACCUCAUCUUUUGGGGUAUUAAUUUGAUCCUCAUACUGACGAACGUUGACUUGAGUGAGCUGGAAGGCAUAGCCAAGCGUAUGGGCUGGAUUACUAUAGCCAAUUUCACCUUACUAGUCUUUCUCGCCCUCAGAAGUACACCCCUCGCGCCCUUGUCCGGUCAAUCCUACGAAAAACUACGACCCCUUCAUAAAGUGGCUGGGUAUACAUGCAUAGUCAGUGCGGUGUUACAUGGAAUAUUGUUCCUCAAGGAAGCUGCCGAUGCAAAGAUUCUUUUCUAUUUCAGUGAAAAGGAAGACCUUGUCGGUGCGAUUGCUGGUUUGCUGAUGGUAAUAAUCGGUAUAUCUACAAUUGGCUGGUUUGCUCGCAACUACUAUGAAAUCUUUUAUAUUAUGCAUGUUGUCUUGUUCAUGGUCAUUCUGAUCCUGGUCGGAAUGCAUCGCCCCAAGCUCGCAUCGUCCACAUUGGUUGUUACUAUCUUCAUUGCAUGCAUGUGGUUUGUUGAUCGAGCUUUGCGAUUCUUAAAACUCUCAUACAAUUUUUUCGGCAACUAUGCAACCAUUACACCCAUGCAGGAUGGCGCUGUCCGGGUGAAGCUUCGGCGGAGCAUACGUUGCAGUCCUGGAUCUCAUGCUUUCCUGUGGAUGCCGGCUGUUCGAUUCAUGGAAACUCAUCCUUUUACAAUGAUUUCUAGCAAUCCAGCUGAGUUCCUCAUCCGAACCUACGAUGGAUAUACUCGCGAGUUGUACAAAUUUGCUCAGGAAGAACCAGGGAGGGUUGUCCGUUGCUCAGUGGAUGGCGGAUAUGGGCAAGUUCCGGACUUCAGGAGUUUUGACAAAGUUGUUCUCGUUUCAGGGGGAAGUGGUGCUACCUUCACAUUUGCAAUUGCACUUCUCUUAAUCAGACAAUUAGCUGAGACCAAUAGGACGACUAAGUCUAUCGAUUUUAUUUGGACAGUUCGACAUGCAAGCUCUCUGGCAUGGUUCGAAAAUGAGCUGAGCGAGCUCCAAGACUCACCAUAUGUGAAUCUAUUCAUACAUGUUUCACAAGGUGACGAAUUGGGGCGGGAUGCCAGUGAUACCUCAAGCGUCGAAUCAACAGCAGCCAACAGUGAGAUGGAGGGAAAUAAAGAGAAACUUGCCACAGAAAGUCGUCCACUCUCUCCGGUCCGUAAAGGAAGGCCUGAUGUGUUGCGACUGGUUACAGACUGCAUCUCUCAAUGUCCUCCGGGAGGCCGGGUGGGUGUUGGUGCGUGUGGGCCCAUGAAGCUUCUUCGGGCGACGCGUGAGGCAACUUCCCAGAAAGCGUUUGAUGAUGGUCCAUCAAUAAAUUUACACACUGAGGAAUUCGAAUGGUGA